AUGAUGGACUGGUUCUACCUGGCCUGGAUAACUACUGUUGAUGGUGCAAAGUACCACGUCACUACCAAUAUCGGCAUCGUCGGUGCUGGCAAACAAGGAUACAUGAUAGCUGGAAUGUUAGGCGCUGAAGACCUAUCCGACUUCUCCUCGACUGGGACCACAUACGCAGAACCAGGCUCAGGAAGCGCCGAAUUCUUGAACCUUGUGGCACCCAACCAAAAUCUUUCCAGUCCCCGAGGCUCGGACAACUACACAGACACGUUCCUCUCUCUUAGCUACGGACAGGUUGCCGUCAGCCUCAACGCUAAGCCAACGGGUCCGAACGUGUACAUGGGCGGCAGCGGAUACAUUACACUCGAGCCCCUCGGCCCAUCCGACUUCACCAUCGUACCGCCUGGAUACUCAUGGUACUGGGGAAACCCACACAUGCAAAUAUCCGGCAACAUCACCGUCAAAGGAAAAUCCCUCCAAAUCGACCCCGCCCAGUCCUUUGCCUUUCUUGAGCGCCAAUGGGGCCAAAUGCUACUAACAAACUGGUACGCCUUCUGGCUCUACCUCUCCAACGGCAUCUUCAUCCACGCCUGGAUCAACCAACCCGACAUCCACGGCUUCAACCAAGACGAUGUGGCCGUCGUCACAAUCUGGCACCCAAACGGCGUCCACGAGGUCCUCCAAGCCGACGCCACGUCCCGCGCAUGGGGCGUCUCGCGCAAUGCCCGAAACGGGAGACUCUACUUCAGCAAGUUCCAGCUCGAUCUCGCUUUGAAGAACACGUCGCUUCGGAUGACCAAAUAUGCGCAUGAUGCUUUGUUUCGCGCGGCCGAGGGUGUGACGAUGGAUUUGUCAGAGGCGUAUACGCAGGGUUUUGGCACGUGGGACGGCGAGGACAAGGUGCUCAUGGAGGAGAGGGAGGAGCGCCAGGACAACGCACGUGACAUGCGCAAUACCCUUGCCUCACAAACCGCAACAUUUUUUGCAAUAGAUAAUAAGAUCCAUGGCCGUCAGGGACUAGUAAUCGGUAUCCUAGGGCGCAAAGUCGCGUAUCGUUGCUCGUCUAGUCUAGGUGGUGUACAUCUCACUAAGGCUCUUAUCUGCUCAGCAUGUUUCAUCGCCGCCCAGGACAACGCCCUGCACCGUACCCAAGUGCUGUAA